CAGCAAACGUCAGACGUUUGAUUUCAGUUUAUAUUUAUAUCAGGUCGUUGGAAUUGUUGAUUCCGCUAGAAUGGACCGUAGUAGACGGCUAUCUAGUGAUAGCUCCGUCAGUCCAAUUGCUGCCAUCAAUUUUGCCACCGAUAAGUUUCCGUGCUGCAUUGUUUGGACUCCAAUACCUGUAUUAACAUGGUUCUUUCCUUUCAUCGGUCAUAUGGGCAUUGCAAUGUCCACCGGUGUAAUCCGUGAUUUUGCUGGACCGUACUUCGUUUCGGAAGACAACAUGGGCUUUGGUCGGCCCACACGAUACCUUCAACUAGAUCCAAACUUUGUGAGCGGAGGCAUAGUCGAAUGGGACGAGUGUGUUUCAAAGGCUUCCGUAGUUUAUGGUACCAGGAUGCACAAUCUGCUUUGUGACAAUUGCCACUCGCACGUAGGAAUGGCGUUAUCGCUGAUGAAGUAUAAACAGUAUACAAGCUGGAACAUGGUAGUGCUUGCAUUCUGGAUGUUCUUUGCCGGAAAAUAUGUUGGUAUCAAGGGAUUCCUCAAAACGUGGUCACCGUUUGCCGUGGUCCUGAUUACAUGCACGCUAGUAGCAAUCUACUUAAAAUAAAUUCAAGAGGAUCGUCGUACUGCAAAGUGAAAUGCAGCUCCUCUACUUCAGAAACAUGUGGAACACCGCUAUAUUAUUGUACUGUAUUUAUAUUUAAUUUAUGUGAUUAAUCGGAUUUAAUAAAUGGUACCUUUUUAACCUGAA